GAAUUAGAACUGGUGGAGGAUGUCUGGAGAGGAGAAGCACAGGAUCUUCUUACCCAAAUUGCACAGCUGCAGGAGGAGAAUAAACAACUAAUGACAAACUUGUCUCACAAAGACAUUAAUUUCACAGAAGAGGAAUUUCAGAAGCAUGAAGGAAUGUCAGAGAGAGAGCGGCAAGUCAUGAAGAAGCUGAAGGAAGUGGUAGAUAAACAGAGGGAUGAAAUCAGAGCAAAGGACCGGGAACUUGGACUUAAAAAUGAGGAUGUAGAGGCUCUUCAGCAGCAACAGAACAGGUUAAUGAAAAUCAACCAUGACCUGCGGCACCGGAUCACCGUUGUUGAGGCUCAGGGGAAGGCACUGAUUGAGCAGAAGGUGGAGUUAGAAGCAUAUCUGCAAACCAAGGAGCAGGAGAUGGGCAACCUGCGAGCAGAGGUGGGGAAACUGAGAGAAAAACUGCAGGGAGAGGACAGCCAAAAUGGGGAGGAAGCAAAGACAGAACCAAACAAUGAUGACUGCCUCUCAGAGUCAGAAAAGAUGGCAAUGGACUUAAAAGAUCCGAAUCGUCCAAGAUUCACCUUGCAGGAGCUCCGAGAUGUCCUUCACGAGAGGAAUGAAUUGAAAUCUAAAGUGUUUUUACUUCAAGAGGAGCUUUUAUACUACAAAAGUGAGGAAACAGAAGAAGAAACUAGAUCCCCUCAACCUACACCCAUAAUUCAGUCAAAACCCUCAACUCAGCCUGAAUCUGGAAUCAAACGACUGUUUAGUUUCUUCUCCCGUGAUAAGAAGCGUAUGCAGGCAUCACAGAAAAAUGUCCACUUCCAGGAUACUUUUGGAGAAUGGUCAAGUUCAAAUAAAGAUGACUCCUACACUGAACAAGGACAAGAAGCCCUGCAGCACCUGUGACUAAAACCUUGAGGGGUUCAGUUGACCGCAGUAGAUCUCGACAGUCUAGUAACAAGAAGCUUCUGUAAACAAAUCUGGCAGCUCAUCACUUUUAUUUGCCUUGCACACCUCGGUGGUUGUGUUUCAGAUGUACUCUUCAAAAGGGAUCCCUCACUGUUGACUUGGUGACUGUUUGCAGAAAACAGAAUCCAAGCUUUGUAGUAACAGUUGCUGAUACCCUGGGACAUCGAAGCUUCUAGAUGACUUGUUUUGUGCUGAAUAACAAGUCUAUGGUCUUGUUCAUGUAUUAACUACAGUAACACAAGCUUCUUUAAACCAAAAAAA